GCUUUGAUUUCAAUCGCUCUCUCUCUCUCUCUCUCUGGCCAUUUCUCUGAUAGCUAUGAUUCGCGUCGCCGUUCAGCUGUCAAAAACCACUGCGGCGGUCGUUCGAACUGCAGGACUGGGCUCCAGCUCCCGCUUCGAUCUUCUCUCCUCUCCAUCUUCCUCAUGGUUAGCUUCACCGUUGAGAUCACUUUACGUUGGAAUAGACCGUCCGAAUGCGAGCCCGGUCUCUUGUCAGAUGAUUAAUUAUGCUCUGUCUCACGCUAGGUCUCAGAAAUCAGACGAAUCGUACGCACAAGGUCGUCUGGUUCUGGAGCAGUGCCUCUCUGCUCAGUCGAGUGAAGGCCAAGAUGCCGAUAACUCUAGGGGAGCGGUAUUACUUGCCAUGUCUACCUUGUUUGCUGAAAGAGGUGAUAUUCACGACGCUAUAGAUAAGCUUCAACGAGUUGAGGAUUUAGCACAUUGCUCUCUAGAUAUUAGAGUUGCUGCUCUUGAAGCACUUGCUGGACUUCAUCUCGAACUAAACCUGGAUGAUUCUUCAUCAGAUAUCGCAGAUAAAUGCUUAAAACUAUUUGAAAAUAGCAAGGUUGCUGAUGAUGGAAAUUCUGGCGUUCUGAGAGCUCGUGUUAAAGCUGUAAAGGGGCUGGUUGAGCUUGUAAAAAAUAACCUUGAUGCAGCUGAAUCGUUAUUUGAAGGGUUUCAAACUAUUGAAAGAUGUGCUGGUAGUGCUGCAUUUGCAUAUGGAGAAUUCUUAGUUGCCUCACAGAAUUUUUCAUCAGCAAAAGAGGUGUAUCAAAGAGUAAUUGAAGUGGGAUCCGAAGUCCAAGAUUUGAGUGAGCAAUGUGCUUUAGCUGGUGGUAAGAUGUCUCCAAUGGAAGUGUUAGUGGCUGCGACUUGUGCUUUAGGGCAGCUUGAGGGGCACUUGGGGAAUUUUUCUGAAGCCGAGGAUAUACUGACAAACGCGUUGACCAAAGCAGAAGCAUAUUUUGGAUCUCACCAUCCCAAGGUUGGAGUUGUCUUAACCUGCAUAGCACUCAUGUAUCGAUACAAAGCAAAGAAGGAGCAUUCGAGUUCACUUUUGAUUCAGGAGGGACUCUAUAGGAGAGCAAUGGACUUGAUGAAAGUUUCACCAGAAGGCACGGGAGAACAAGUAAAGGUGGACAGAUGUGACAUUGCAAAUAUCGCCGGAGGUGCGUACGCGGAGAUACUUGACGUCCAAAAGAAUAGAAAGGCUGAAGGACAGAUGAUGAGGAAAUGGUCGGAACUUGCUUGGAAGAAUCGUAGGAUAUCACUGGAAGAGGUACUAGACAUAGCUCAGCCGCCUUCCAAGGUGCCUAUUAUCGAUACUCGACUCUGUAGGCUUAUUUAAUUUGCAAUAUUUUCGAGUUCUGGUUGUUAUGCAUCUUUAUAGAAGACAAGAGGGUGAGCACAUUCUCUAGGCUGACAAUGUUGUGUAAUUUACUCAUGAAGUACAAGAACUUGAAGAAUGUAGAAUUCUCUGAUACA